AUGCCUGCCUCCAGCAUCAAGAAAUACAUCCCCGACUUCCUCCUGCCGACCGACGAGCCUGCGGCGCCUGUCCGCAUCUACGAUGUCCCUCUUCGUCGUGAACUCUUCCACAAAGCCAAGUCCGGUAACGAGUACACCAUAUCCGCCAGCCGGAAUAACUCUGUCGUCAGCGAACGAAGGAAAGGUUCUGUUGUCAAUGUCGACUCCGAGGGCGAACAGAGACGAGGCAGUUGGCAUCCUUUCAUGGCUUUCGGCCACUGA